AUGACGAUAUCAGAGGCGGACCGAGAGAAGAUCGAGGAGCUACGGAACUUAGUGAAGGAGCAUAUUACGCCCUACUAUGAUACCGACUACAACCUUUUACGAUGGCUCAAAGGUCACGACUACAAUUUGGAGAUAAUCACCCCGAAACUGAUCAAUCACUUGAUGUUACGAAAGCUGUGGGAUCUCGACACUCUAGCUGACAAGCCAAGGAAUCAUGCCAUCCACAAACAUUGGAAGAGUGGCCUCACUGGUGAAGCUGUCAAGACGCCGAAUUGUGUCGUCAAUAUCGAACAAACUGGAGGUAAUGACUACUGGGGUAUGUUAAACACAUAUCCGAUCAACGAAAUACUUCGAGCCCGAAUACACGAUCUCGAAAGCAUGCUCCGUGCAGUAAUGGAGCUGGAGAAGAAAAAUGGAGAACAGUGUGCGAUAUUCUAUAUAAUGGAUAUGACAGGAUUGAAAAUGGACAGAAAAUUAAUGACACUUGUGACAGGUGGAUUAGCCUCUAUCUCAGCGUUUAUGGCGGAACAUUAUGUGGAAAUGGUACACAGCUUUGUUUUGGUGAACGUACCUCACUUCAUUAGUGCAAUAUGGACCGUUGCUCGACCGUUGUUGCCUGAGAAAACACGUCUCAAAGUGAACAUACUCGGAUCACAGUGGAAAGAUGAAAUUCGGAAGUUGGCGGAUGAAAAAUGUCUACCCACGUAUUGGAACGAGGAAUGGCAAGCAGGACCCUUCCUGGCGCCGAUUGAACGAGGUGUGGAUUAUCCGGAGGAUGGCUACUACAAAGGAGAAAUUUCCAGUGCAGCGAAGAUUCUACAGGUUCCAGCUGGAAAAACUGCCUACCUCGACAUCGAAGCCAAAGAGGGCACACAUCUUUCAUGGGAGCUUCACACAAACGGACAUUUUGCUUUCACAAUUUACGAGGUGAACAAAGAAACCGAUGAUCUCAGCGAGAUGAAGAAUUUCUACCCACUUUUCAGUAAAGUUCCCGGACCAACCAUGGUACCAUUUGGCGAUUCAGCGCCGGUGUCGAAAACUGGGACUUAUAGAUUCUGGUUUGGAAAUCAGCAUGCUUGGUUCCAUACAUUAAGAAUUCACUAUGUAAUCGAGAACAAAAGUUGA